AUGGCAGCUUUAGUGAAAUUUGCCUGUACUGAAGAAACUCCAUCAUCAAAUGAAACAUUAAAUGAUAAUAAUUUUAAUUUAGAUCUACAACCAGGAAAGUUGGACAUUUUUACUAAUGAUAAUAAUACUUUUAGUAAUGAAUAUGUGACAUAUAAUGUUCAUGGUCUUAUACAUAUACCUAAUUUUGUUAAGAUUCAUGGUCCACUUGACAAGUUUAGUGCAUUUAAAUUUGAAAACUUUUUACAAAUCAUUAAAAAAAACUGUUCACAGUUCUAA